AGCUCAGUGUGUGGUGACGCCACCAUCUUGCCAGUCCUGCCUCUGCCAGCUUCCGCCUAUUUCAAAAAUGGACAAAGAUGUUGAGCGUUGGUGAAGCUGAGCUGACUGAAUGAAGCCUAAAUGCUCAAACACACCUGUCAGUCAAAGCGUCCAUACUGUUAAUUCUGCAUAACUUUAAGCCAUUUCAACAGUCGAGGAGGAGAACCCAGAGUUCUGGAGGUCACAGGCCCAGAAGUCUUUGCAGUCAGUGUUGGACAGGAAGCUGAACACCAAUGUGGCCAAGAACAUCCUGUUUUUCCUCGGAGAUGGCAUGGGAAUCACAACUUACACAGCAGCUCGUAUCCUCAAGGGACAGCUGCAGAACCAGACAGGAGAGGAGACAGUGAUGACCAUGGACACCUUCCCUAGUGUGGGACUAGCUAAGACCUACAGUGUGGACUUCCAGAUUCCGGACAGUGCAGCGACAGCCACAGCGUAUCUGUGCGGAGUGAAAACCAACCUGAACGUCAUCGGCGUCAAUGCAGCGGCUCGCAACGGAAUCUGCAAGACUCAGAAGGGCAACGAGGUCACAUCCAUCCUAAAGUGGGCCAAAGAUGCUGGCAAGUCUGUCGGCAUUGUAACAACCACACGAGUGCAACAUGCCACCCCAGCUACCAGCUACGCCCACAGUGCAAGCAGGAAGUGGUACAGUGAUGCUGACUUGCCUGAGAGUGCCAAGAGGGAUGGCUGCACCGACAUCGCCUCCCAGCUCAUCAAAAACGUGGACAUAGAUGUGAUCAUUGGUGGAGGUAGAAAGUACAUGACUCCUCGGGGCACCAAGGAUCCAGAAUACCCCAGGGAUUACUCCUCCAGGGGCAAAAGAAAAGACGGACGCAACCUCAUCAAUGAGUGGACGAAGAUGAAAACUGGAAAGGUAGCCCGCUAUGUGUGGAAUAAAACUGAUUUUAAUGCUGUUGACCCUGAAACCACGGACUACCUCAUGGCUCUGUUUGAACCUGGUGAUCUACGCUUCGAGAUGGACAGGGACCCAAACAUGGACCCGUCCAUCGUCGAAACUACAGAGAAGGCCAUCCGCAUCCUCCAGAAAAACCCUAAGGGCUUCUUCCUGCUCGUGGAGGGUGGUCGUAUUGACCAGGCUCAUCACGAUGGCCGGGCGUACAUGGCGCUCCACGAGGCGGUUGCUUUUGACAACGCCAUCGCCAAGGGCCUUGAACUGACCAGUGAGCAUGAAACUCUCACUGUAGUGAUGGCAGACCACUCCCACCCUCUUAGCUUCAAUGGGUUCCCAUUCCGAGGGCAGAGCAUUCUGGGUAAAUCUCCCCUGUGGGCUACAGACAUGCUGCCUUACACCACACUGAUGUAUGGCAAUGGACCGGGACGCAAAGGAAUCGACGGCACGCGCCCAGACAUCCGUAAAGUCGACACUAAAACUAAAGACUACGUCCAGCUGUCUGCCGUGCCCAUGCAGUCAACCACUCACAGUGGAGAGGAUGUGGCAGUUCUCGCCCGUGGACCCAUGGCCCACAUCUUCCAGGGCGUCCAGGAGCAGAACUACAUCGCCCACGCCAUGGCCUAUGCCUCCUGCGUGGGUGCCAACCUGAGGCACUGCCAGGGGCUAACUGGACCACCUGUGGUUAAAACCACCUUCACCGACCAAGAGAACGGAGUCGAGGCAGCUCGUAGCUCAGCAGCUUUGCUCUGUAGCCUCCUCAGUGUGCUGCUGAUACUCACAGUGCUGAUGUGAGAUCCCUUUACAUCACUGAGCCCCAUUAAUCUCACUCCACUUGCCACAUCUGGGAGGUCAAGGGUUAGGGUCAUAGAGGAGUGGGCAGGGAUUUAAUGCAUUGUUCAGGGAUACUUCAGCAUGGUGAAUGUGUAGCAUUUCCAGGGUUAUGUUGCCUCUUGUACAGCACCUUGUUAAGAGGGAAUUAAAUUACUAGUCAACUAAGAUAAGCAGUUUUAAAGAAGAGUAAUUGUUUAAACAUUGCUACAAAAUGUGCUGAUGGAAGAAAACAGAUUCUAACACUG